UUGACCAGGACCACACCCCUAAAUGCAUUCUCUUCUGCUUUUUCUCCCUGAGACUUUUGCACUUCAUACAGACACAUGACAACGAGUUUGUUUUAGCAGAAAUGAAAUCAGUCUUUGGGAGUAAAUUGACAAAUGUUUUAUUUCUACACAUCUUCACCUAUACUUCUAUCGCAAUACUAAAUCAAUGACUGGAAUGGGAUGGAGCACCAUUAAGCUGUUAUGUUUUGGCAUGAGAAAAUUGUUGGAAAACAUGAGAACCACAAAACUUGUUGCAGUAUAUAUUCUUAGUUGCUUCAUUUCCCCAUUAAGUGCAUUUUCUAUGAGGAACUGUACUCUCAGAACUUCCCAAAAUGAGAGUGAACCAAAAGUGCUUUGCUACAAAAUGGGCUUCUACAGAGUUCCUUCACUGCUACCCAAAAAUGCCCAUGUUCUAGAUAUUUCCUUCAAUGCUAUUUCACAAAUCAAAAGAGGAGACUUUAAGGAUUUGUCAGACUUAAGAUAUUUGAAUAUAUCCAACAAUAAGAUCUCAUGGAUUGAAGAGUUAGCAUUGGACGGUCUUUCCAACUUAACCUAUCUUAAUCUAGCCAACAACCAAUUGAACAGAAUCUCGAGUGGUGUCCUGGACAGUUUGACCAACCUGCUGGAACUGCAUCUUUAUGAUAAUGACAUUGAAGACAUUCAGGAGUCUGCCUUCAGUAACCUUCAAAAUUUAAAGGUACUGAACCUCACGAAAAACAACCUGCGGUACAUAGAUCGAAUCAAGCCUGUUCUCACCUCAGUAAGUUUGGAGGAGUUGUAUAUUGGAAGCAACAAAUUCGAAGUUUUCAACUCGUCGGAAAUAUCAACGAAGCCCUUAUCGUUGAUGAAGAUCGAUUUUUCCGACAACCCUUUGAGGUCAUUUCGGCUAACUGAAAAUGUAUUUCCCACUCUCAAUCACCUUGACUUGUCUCAGUGUGGUCAAAAUGGAAAGAUGGUUUGGAACGUUCCAGAAAAAUCAUAUUUGGCCACCGUAAAAACAUUAUACUUGACAGAUGUUAACAUGUCAUCUCAAAACAUAGCUGCGGUGCUUCAGAGCUUCAAGAGUUCGCUGAAUAAAAUCAGACUUCAUCAAAACGUCAAGUUUAACAAGGUAGCACUUCUGCAAAACGCGUGUUCUCCUAUGCUGAGGGUUUUACGACUAGGUAGGAAUAAAAUAACAAACCUUACCGAACACAUGUUUGAUCCCUGUUCAAAUCUGACGGAAUUAGAUUUAAGCGAAAAUGAAAUUACUCAGUUAUCACCAAGCACAUUCAGAGGCUUUACCCAAUUGGAAAAACUGCAGUUGGCACUCAAUAAACUAACCCAAAUAACAAACACCUUUCAAAUGCUUUCAACUCUUGAGUUCAUAAACCUCAGCAGAAACCGCAUCGACAAACUGCUCUGUUACGAUUUUGCCAAUUUAACACGGUUAAAAACAUUGUACUUGUAUGAUAACAAAAUCUCAUACAUCAAUCAAUGUCAUUUCAAAGACCUGAAAAGUCUUGAGGUCAUCAUGCUGGGAACCAACAAUAUAUUAAAAAUUGGCGAUGCUUUCAAAAAUGGCCCUCAUUCCCUAAAGGUCCUCAUGUUGAAUUUUAAUAAGCUGAACGCAAUUGAAAAAGACACUUUUAGGAAUUUAUCGCAACUGAAUACUUUGGAAUUACAAGACAAUCAGAUUUCAAAGAUUGAAGCCUAUGCAUUCAGAGGAUUGAGGAAUUUAAACUCUCUGAAACUAGCAUCGAACAAGAUAUCAGCACACACCUUGAGACAAGCUAACGUGUUCUCUGGCAUGCCCAACCUUCAUAAUCUAGAUUUGUUUUCCAAUAGUAUCUUAUUUACUGAUAAUAAAUUGAAAAACCCUCCCUUUAUAGAACUGAAGAUGCUUAGGAAAUUGACCAUAUACAGUCAACAUCGAGGAAUUGGCAAAGUGCCGUCGAAUCUUCUCAAAGGCUUGUCUUCUUUGGAGAUGUUUUAUGGUGGGAACAUGAAUCUUUUACGUCUAAGUCCCAGCACAUUCAAGUUUACCCCUAAACUCUGGUAUUUGGAACUCUCUAAGAAUGCUUUCUCGGAUGACAACGCCCUCCCUGCUGAGCUUUUCCAUCCCAUCCAAGGGCUAUCCAAACUAAUUCUCUCGAAAUCUCAGCUUCGGUCACUAAACUUCCUGCUGGAUGCCAAUCUCUCAAACCUACAUGUGUUAAGAGCAUCGAGCAACGAGAUUGACGCCGUAAAUGAAACUUUAAUUCAUUCUCUGCCUAAUCUGAAUUUCUUUGACUUGCAGAAAAAUACGUUUACUUGUGACUGUAACAACGCCUACUUCAUCGAAUGGGCCAUAAAGAGUAAUUUCACUCAGGUCAUUUAUUUAAACCAGUACAUCUGUAGCUAUCCUCCCGCUCUGCGAGGUACAAGCUUAUCCGAUUUCAACACAGAAUCCUGUACAGUGAAUAUCGACUUCAUCUGCUUCUUUUCCAGCAGUGUUGUGGUCAUCGUAACGCUCCUCUUGGCUUUUUUCUGGCAUUUUCUGCGCUUACAAGUAGUUUAUGCAUAUUACCUCCUCUUAGCCUUCCUUUAUGACAACAAGAAGAAGCAGAUGGCCCACCAACAAGAGUUUAUGUAUGAUGCUUUUAUUUCCUACAAUAUCCACGAUGAGCCUUGGGUCAUGGAGAAACUCCUACCAGAAUUAGAGGGAGAGCAAGGCUGGAAACUGUGCUUACAUCACCGGGACUUUGAACCGGGAAAGCCAAUCAUGGAUAACAUCAUCGAUGGAAUAUACAGCAGCCGUAAGACCAUCUGCGUGAUCACCAGAAAUUACCUGAAGAGCAACUGGUGUUCCAGUGAGGUCCAGGUGGCUAGCUUCAGGUUGUUUGAUGAGCAGAGAGACGUUCUGAUCCUGGUUUUCCUGGAGGACAUUCCUACGCAUCAGCUGUCGCUGUACCACAGGAUGCGAAAGCUGGUGCGAAAACGAACCUACCUUCGCUGGCCCAAUCCUGGAGAAGAUACCAGGAUUUUUUGGCAAAAGAUGAAAAUGGCUUUGGAGACCAAAGAGGAUCUCUUUGCUAAGCAAAGACUGGAUGUGUAAAAUGUCAAUGUACAUUUUUAAUUGUUCAAAAUAUCAAAAUUCUUUAUUUUCUCUUUUUAUUCUUUAUUUUGUAUAUUUUUACUGUUAACGGAAUAGUUCACCUAAAAAUGAAAACUACCCCGUAAUUUACCUUAAUGCAAUCCCAGGAGUACAUGACUUCUGUUCUUUAGUCAAACACAAUCAUAUACACAAGUUAUAUUAAAUAAUACCAUGGCUCUUUCUAGCUUUAUAAUGCAAGAAACAUUUGGCAGAUGCAUUUAUCUAAAGUGACUUACUGUGCAUUACAAAGUAUGCAUUUUUUAUUAGUAUGUAUGUUCCUUGGAUUCGAGCCCGUGACCUUUUGCACUAAUAAUGCAAUGCUCGUCCAUGGAGCUAUACAUUCUCAGAGAAAAGGUAGAAGAAGGUACAAAAGUUGUCACUGGGGUGGUACCAUUUCAAAAUUUUGCUCCUCAAAGUUGCAUAUUGGUACCUCGGAGGUGCAUGUUGGUACCUCAAAGUUGCAUAUUGGUACCUCAAAGUAGCAUAUUAGAACCUCAAAGGCACAUAUUGGUACCUUGGAGACGCAUAUUGGUACCUCAGAGGCGCAUAUUGGUACCUCAAAGUAGCAUAUUGGUACCUCGGAGGCACAUAUUGGUACCUCAGAGUCGCAUAUU